AUGCUGGAAACAAAACGCAAAUCCUUCGGUCGACCGCUGGAAUCCGAAAAACAACGUCGUGCGGGUUCGGACAGUUUUGACGAACCUGUGCCUGCCAUGCCUGAUCCUCAUGGCGUCGGCAUCUUGCCGGAUAGUCGAAAUACGAGUAUUAAUGAGAUUACUCCGCCUAUGACGAGACCUCCGAGUUUUGUUCCUAGGAAAGAGAGUACGGCUCUUGGACCGAUUCCUGAGGCGGGGAAUACCGGGGUGAAAGUUUAUGUUGGGAAGUUGGGGAAUGUGUAUAUGUUUGGGAGUAUUGUGGCAGGACAGACGGAUUUUUUGUAUGGCUUCGGCACGCUCUGGAUAGAGAAAUCGCGGCUCUUGUUGCGAAGUUGUGGAGGCGGAAUCACCGCUUGGAAAGGCACGAAUACCACGAAUACCACCUUUGAGAAUACUCUUAAUUGCGUUUAG